GGACACAGGCACGUUACGAUAAAAGCAGCCAGCGGAGACGGACGAACGUUCAGAUCACAGUGCAUUAUUGACGAGAGUGCGUGCAAUUUCUUCUUUAUUUUUCCUUGUCAAAAAAAAAACUACAAUUAUCUCGACGAAACGAGCUUUUCAUCAUAAUUCAUCGUUACCGUUGAAAUAAUAAUUUCAAAAGGUAAACAUCUAGCUAUGGCCACCGCAGCAGAAUCACCCAUCACCAACGAAUAAACAUACGCAACCCUCCGGUGACUUUAGAAGACACAGCUGAGAAAGCAACACCAGAAACAUGCUUAUCGGGCUAGUGCGCGACUCGAUGCUGCAGUGCUUCUGUCACAGCUGCAAAGCACCUUUGGAUAUCGUAGCGGGACAAAGGAAGGGUAAUGCGCCCUUCAAGAAGCCCACUGGAAAAGGGGCGCGAACCAAGCAACCGAAGAAAGUGAAGUUUAUUACGACCGAAAUACGAUGCCAAGAGAAAUCGAAGGGUGGUAUUUGCUAUGAGGUAAUCUUGGCAGAGCCAACGGCACCAAAGAGAGCACCGUCACCACCCCACACCGGGCCGACUCAACAGAUCCCUAUCGAGGAUAAGUUGAGGGAAGCAGAGCAAAGAAGAUUCACCUUGGAAUCUCAUAAGAUCGCAGCUCUUUCCGCGAAACUCAGCAAGAUCGAAGAGGUUGCUCGUAAGAAGGAUGAACUCAGCGCCGCAUUCAUAGCUGCUACUCGCGAAUCCUUGGACGCAAAGAUGAACAACACCGAAGAAAAGCGAGAAGCUCAUAUCGCAGAACUUAAGAAUAAAUUGAAGGAGCAUUUGGAGAGUGUAGAGAAGUCUCGUCUGAGUCUUGAACAGCAGACUGAAGAAGUACGAUGCGCUGUCGAAGAAAAACUCAAGACUGCUGCUGCUCAACGCGACGAGAAUAUUAAAAGGAUGUUGGAUCGCCUUAAGGAGCAUGAGGAACAAGCCGCUCGUGUACGUCAAGGUAUGACCGAACGUGUACAACAAUUGGAAUCUCAGAUUCAAGGCAAGCUUGACCAAGCUCGUGAACGCCGAGAAAGUCUGGAACGCGAACAAAAGGAAAAAUUACGUAAUUACAAUACCGUGAAGAUAGCGAAAGUACGUCAGAUGGUGGAUGAGUGUGCCACGAGAGAUCUUCUGGUGAAAAAAUUCGAAUUUGACAAGAGGGUAUCCACUGCGGAGCUAAACCGACAGCGAGAGAUUCAACGCCGUGUGCAGGCUAUUCGCGAGCAUGAGAAACGCGCAGAAAUCGUCAGGCAGAAGAAAGCUGCUAUGGACGGACAGAAAGGAAAAGGGGAGGAUCAAAAUAUCCUGCCCGUCGAAAACGAAACUGCCAGUUCUGGCUAAAUUAAUUUUUAUUUCUCAAAGUCUAAGCCUUCUCUUUGAUAAGCCUCCCUGCGUGUACUCGCAGAAAGAAUCGUUCGCUGGCGCGCCGUUUUGUCGACUGAAUAUUUUUAUUUAUUCAAUGAGUUUCUCAAGAUGACAGACUUCAUUUCUUUGUUCUUACUUAGUAUCGUAAUUACUAAUAAGAAUGAACUCUACAAACGAGAAAGGACCGCAAUCGAAAUUAAUAUUUAAUAUAGUUACUUUUAAUUUACAUUGCAAUUAUUAUCUAAUUUAAUUUUAUUCAAUAAUAAUAUUUAGAUUAAAUAUUAAUUCUUUUUUGCGAUCCUUUCAUAGAAUUCAUUUUUAUUAUCGGAUUACGAUAUUAAAUAACUUGAAACAAAUGAAAGAUAUAAUCUUAUUUGUCAUCUUUAAUUAUUCAAUUAAUAAAUAAAAAUUUUUAGCCAACAAGGCGGCUUAGACUUUGCGUUAAUUGUUUUUGUGUUUUUUCUUUUAUUUCCUUAUCGAUACGUGCAUAAAACACUGCCUUCUAUCUUUCUACGAUGUUGUUCUAUAAUCUAAAUAUUAUUAUUUUAUGAGUUUUACAAACAGAUCUUAUCUCGAAUAGAAUUAUGUGUUACAAUGUAUUAGGUCACUUUUUUGCUUGCACAAUCGAGAAAAUAAAAAACAAAAAAACAAUACAACAAAACUAACCACGCGCAGAGUAUUUGACGUAAUUCUUUUUAUUUCGCUACGUCUUAAGAGUAUAUUUUGUUUUUUUUUUUCUUUUUUAUGGUUAUGCUAUUGUUACUAGACGUUUAUUAAUGUUUUCUAGCCUUAACGAUUAUUUUUUUACCGAUUAAUGAUUAGAAAUUACAUGCGUGAUAAUCACAUUGGCUGUUAUCUCUAACGACUGAAAUAAUUCAACGUUUAUAUUCGUAACGUCAUCGGAGCUUUCAUUCUCAGCACACGCAGCUUUUUCUUUCGUUUUUAACUUCGUUUUUAGAAUAAAUAAUAGAUAAUUAUUACCGCUAUAGUUAGAUAUUAAGUGAUAAUUGCGGCCAUAUGUGUGUUCACAUACCAUAUAUAUUGACGUACAUAUGUGGUAUGUGCCGACAUAUAAGCACAUUUAUAACAUAUAUAUAUAUAUUAUAACAGUGCUUUAUACUAGGCUUGAAAAACUUGAAACCAUUUUAUACUCGAUCAUUGUAAUAUUACUGCGCUAACAGAACGACAACAUUCACAAAUAUAUAGUCUAAUUGAAUAUGAUAA